AUGAAGUUGACGCCGUGUGCCAUCGCCCUCUUCCUAACUGUGUUUGCCGUCUGGGGACAAGCUCCGAGCGGUGCAGACCGUUUAGCUGCUAUACGCACGAAGACACCAGCUCCUGUGCAAGCCCAAGCGGUGCAGGACUUGAUUCAGCGCCUGAUACCAGCGAGAGCCGAGGCCUUUCAUGUCGUCGUAAAUGUCGACAUUGGACCGCUGAAUGCGGACACUUUUCAGAUUGAGUCUGAUGGGGUUAGAGUGAACAUCACUGGUACCACGGGUGUGGCUGCAGCGUGGGGGUUCUAUCACUACCUGAAUAAAUACUGCAGUUGUCAUGUCUCGUGGGCUGGGGACCAGCUAGAUGUGCCCGAACAAUUGCCCAAAGUGCAACCUGCUCUGAAAAUUACCAGCCCAAACAGAUUCCGUUACUACCAGAAUGUCUGCACUGUCAGCUACUCAUCGGUCUGGUGGAACUGGACGCGAUGGGAGAGAGAGAUCGAUUGGAUGGCCAUGAAUGGCAUCAACUUGCCCCUAGCAUCCACUGCCCAGGAAGCCAUCUGGCAGAAGGUCUACCUCAAGAUGGGUUUCACCCAGAAGGAUCUGGAUACGCACUUUGCAGGACCUGCUUUCCUUGCGUGGGCCCGCAUGGGCAAUAUUCACGGCUGGGGCGGACCCCUGACGCAAACUUGGCACGCCAAUCAGCUGCAGUUACAGCAUCAAAUCCUGAAGAGAAUGCGAGAUCUGGGCAUGACACCCGUACUCCCUGCAUUUGCUGGACAUGUCCCUAAAUCUAUCAAAAGUGUGUUUCCGCAUGCUUUAGUCACACCUCAGCCAGCAUGGAGCAACUUUGGUAUGGACCCGGAGUAUUGCUGUGACUAUUUACUGGAUCCGACAGACGCGUUAUUCACAACCAUCGGGAAAGCUUUUGUCGAGGCUUUGAUUGAAGAAUUUAAUGGGACGGAUCACAUGUACAGUGGCGAUACCUUCAAUGAGAUGACACCAAAACAAGGAGAUAUCGAGUAUCUUGCGAGUGCAAGCGAGGCAGUGUAUAAUGGUAUCGCUGCAGCGGAUCCCAACGGCAUCUGGCUGAUGCAAGGUUGGCUUUUCCUGGAUGCAUUCUGGACACCAUACCGCGUGAGGGCAUACAUCCAAGGCGUACCACAGUGGACAAUGAUCGUGCUUGACCUGGCCAGUGCAGAGCGCCCUCAAUACAGCCGCUUUCAUUCGUUCUACGGCCAGUAUUUCAUCUGGUGCAUGCUGGGUAACUUUGGAGGCAAUCAUGGUCUGUACGGGAAACUUGACGCGGUGAAUGAGGGGUUGACUGCUGCGUAUGAUUUCGUCAAUACAACCAUCGUUGGAACCGGCUUAACAAUGGAGGGGAUUAAUCAGAAUGACGUCAUGUAUGCAUUUAUGAAUGACCUGACGUGGAGGUCACAGAAGGUCGCAUCCAUUCCUCAAUGGAUUAGCAACUACACCCUCGCUCGCUACGGUCCAAGCCGGUCGUCCAAGGAAGUGCUUCAGGCCUGGGAAAUCCUUCAAGAGACGGUCUACAACUGUAAAGACAACCACGGCAAUGGUAACCACGGACCCAUCGUGCGGUUACCGCAACCAUCAGGAAUCAAGCCAAAUAUUUGGUAUGACUGGACCCAAGUGGCCAAAGCCUGGAAUCUGAUGAACGAAGCCACAAAAGCCACCCCGACAUCAAGAACAGCAGUCUGUUCAGCCAACUACAGAGGUACAUUUCCAAUUGGACUCGACUCACGAAACCAGUUCCUCUAUUUAUGCAGAUACGACCUGAUUGAUGUUUCCCGCCAAGUCCUGCAGGAUUUAUCGUACCACAUGUACCUGAACGUUUCAGCGGCUUACGGCAGGCGGAGUCUGGAAGACGUCUCUAACAACUUGGUAAACCUGAUGACACUGAUGCUGCGUCUGGACAACCUGUUGUCCACUGACAGCCGUUGGUUGCUAGGCAACUGGUUGGAGGCAGCGAAGGCUAUAGGAACUACCCCAGAGGAGAAGAAGUGGCUGGAGUACAACGCGAGGAAUCAGAUUACAUUAUGGGGACCGAAAGGCGAGAUUCGUGACUACGCAAACAAACACUGGGCCGGAUUGGUAGGAAGGUUUUACCUGGAGCGAUGGAGUCUUUUUACGACGAUGAUAGAGCAAGCAAUCAUGGAUCACCAACCGUUGAACGAGACUCACUUCCGAGAAACCUGCUUCCAAGGGAUCGAAUCGCCCUGGACUCAUUCCAAUGACAAGUUUCCCACCACCCCUAAAGGUGACACCGUUAGCUUCUCGAUAGAGCUCUACCAAAACUAUCGGCCAUAUUUUGCGCCAGGGGAGGGAGAUGGAAAAAAGGCCGGUAGCAAGGAGCUGCUUAGCCACUCCUCCGAAAUGUACAAGUAGACGGAGUUACAAACAUGUCGCUGCAGGAUGCACACAAUCAAAUAAUUUUCCAUAGACAACAGUGAUAAAUGCCCGACUCAAAUUUGUAUUUGUUUAAAUACUCAAAACUCUCACGGGUAUCCAGGCUGCACAGACAAAUGAUGACCAACAUGUCGUGUUUCAAUUUCUUUUGCAUUUUGGUGGCUUGACCCAUUUUUGGUGGGUUGGGCACCUAUUUACCGUUAAUGUGUGCACCCUACGAGACACGAGUCAUUGCGUCUCAUGUCACGUGACAAGUUAUUCAAAUGAAUAAUAGUUUUUAAAAAAGACGUUCCUUAAUGUGUCAUUGUUAUCAUAACAUGGAUUGAACAUGUGACUGGCUUGGGACUGACUUGUGAUUGGCAGGUGAUUGACAUGUGAUUGACUUGUGAUUGGCAUGUGAGUGAAUUGUGUUUGACUUGUGAUUGGCAUGUGCUUGGCAUGUACUUGAUUUGUGUGUGAUUGAAUGCGAAAGACUUGUUGAUUAAUUACAGCUCUAUGAAAAUGGCGCCCAAAGGAACUUAAUAGGUGUGUACUCCUGUAACGGCCACUUCAAAGUCGUUCUUGAAUGUUAAAAAGGUACGAGUAAUUUGCCAGAGAUGCUUUCAAACUCAACAAAUAUCGAAGCUCAUUACCUCCAAAAUUCCAAAUUUGUGGCCAGGCUAUUGCAAUUUUCCAAUAGGCUGGGCGCGGGCAAACAUUACCGUUGUGAUUUUGAAUUAAAGAGGCGGGAUUCAGACCUGUUGACGUCAUGCAUAUAAUUUGCAUACAUUUCACGGAUUUCCGUAA